AUGCUUAGGAAAUAUGGAGUUAAACACAAGGUGUCAACAGCUUAUCACCCUCAAACAAGUGGGCAAGUUGAAGUCUCAAACAAGCAAAUCAAGGCCAUUUUAUCAAGAAUAGUGGGACCAACAAGAAAAGACUGGUCUAACAAACUUGAUGAAACACUUUGGGCUUAUAGAACAGCUUUCAAAACACCAAAAGGAAGGACCCCAUUCCAACUUGUCUAUGGAAAGUCUUGCCAUCUUCCAGUUGAGGUUGAGUACAAGGCUUUAUGGGCAAUCAAACUUUUGAACCUAGAUCUAGAGACAGCACAAGCUAAGAGAAGCCUUGAUUUGCAUGAGCUAGAGGAGAUCAGGUUGGAAGCUUAUGAGAGCUCCAAAAUCUACAAGGAAAGGACAAAAGCUUUCCAUGACAAGAAGAUUGUCGUUAAAUACCUAAAGGCUGGAGACCAAGCUUUUCUUUUCAACUCAAGGCUGAAACUGUUUCCUGUAAAAUUGAACAGUAGGUGGGGAGGUCCUUUUGAAAUAAAAGAGGUGCUACCAUUUGGAGCUGUAACACUUCUCAAUAAGGAUGGUAGUGAGUUUACAGUUAAUGGUCAGAGAAUUAAGAAAUAUUGGGGAGAAAAGGAAAAACAUGGGAAAUGCACAAUGUUUCUCAAGGAUGCUCCUACAGCUUGA